AUGGAUUUACCCAUAAAGGUUCCUAAUCAUUACACAUCAACAUUAAUUUUAAAUAAAGGAGCACAUACAUUAAUGGCUUACGGGGCACUCUCUCGUCCUUACAAUGUUUCAGUCACGGCACAUUACUAUUCUCGACAUAGAAUUCGCUUACGUUAUCCUUAUCUCCAAUGUGUGGUUGAGAAAUUUCCUCGACGUUGCGAGGAUCGUUACUACCCACUUGAACUACUUGAGUUGGUCGAUGAUAAAGAAGAGGAUUAUAUUGGGUUUCCAAUUGUAAACAAUGACAAACCACUUUAUGUUGAUGUCUCCGAAAAACUUCGAAUUAACAAAGCAAAUUCUGAUUCAGACAAGAAUGACGAGCCAUUAGAAUUUGAUAUGCUCGAUGAGAUGGAAGGUUGGUAA